CACGGUAUUUAUAACAUCCACCCUCGGGGACACGCAUCGGACACUGGCUUUCACUGGUGCAUAUUCUUUUGUGGGACAAUGUUCUUCGUAACUUGUGCGUUUGGUUAACUGUUUAUAUGCUUUCCAGUUGACUUAUGAUUUGAGGUGCAUGUUAAUACAGAAGAUUGUUGUGCCGUUCUGGGUUUCGGAAGGGCUUCUUCAGAGGGACUCUGCCCGAAGCGCGAUUCUGAGGAUUUAUUUUAUUUACGAUGUUCUGAGAGAAGGCUUUGAUUGUAAUAUAAAACUGUGCAUACUUGAAUGUGAGACACUAUUAUGCAUAGUUGACCACCAUAUGCAUUGUAAGGAAAAGGAAGAUAAUCUACUGCAACUGAUUUUAGAGAGAGGAGGAGGUGGGGUGGAUUGUUAGAUAAGAGGGAUUCUUUCGAGUGAUUUUGUAAGGGGCUCAGCCAGGACAUGUGAGAAGAACAAAACCAUACCCCUCACUGACGGCUGAGAGCGGACACCGGACACACGCACCUGUCUGUCCACUGUCACACGGUGGCACAUGUUGGUUUGUUGUUGUCUGGUUUUCUCUCCAGGAGACAAACACGCACACUGCGAUUGCGUGCAGGCAGGCUACUACUAUAGACUAUAGCCUAGUGAUUUACAGCCUUUUGUUGGCUAUAGUGAUUCGGUUUAUUUUUGUCCAGCCUAUAGCCUAGUACAAUAGGAGACACUUGGACCAAAAUAUAUUCGUUUUUUCUUUUUCAUUUAUUUAUCCAGAUCACUUUAAUCUCAGAUUAAAUCUAUUUUGCAAAAGAGACUUGGUCAAAUAGCAGCAAUAGGGCAAAUGUCUAAUUUAGAUUAAAAUAAUAUAUUUUUCAAAAGAGCAUUGAAUUGAUUGAAAAUGAAUUUUGACGAGAUUCUAACAGCUGUAGGAGGGUUUGGAAAGUACCAGAAGAUUCUGUACGUGUGGAUCUGUCUCCCUCAGAUCCAACUGGGUUUUCACAUGAUGGCCAGCAUCUUUACCGGGGCUACACCAGGACAUCGCUGCCGGGUCAGCCCGAGCUCAGCCCCCGGUAAUAACGUUCAUAACGGUAGCAUGGCCUUGACUUCAUCCGUUACUGUUACCGCAAACCUGAACCUCAGCAUCCCGGUGGACCCACAGGUGGACGACUCCUGCUUCCUCACGGACAUUCUAAUAGAGAACGGGACUGCGCGCGCGCCUUGCAAGUACGGAUGGGUGUACAGCCAGGAGAUGUAUCAAAGCACUACCGUCACCGAGUGGGACUUGGUGUGUGACAAGGCAUGGCUCAACAGUCUGGGGUCUUCUGUCUAUAUGUUAGGUCUUCUGGUGGGAGCAGUCCUCUUUGGAGCUAUGGCAGACAGGUUUGGUAGGAGGUAUGCCCUGCUCCUCUCCCUAGCACUACAGACAGUGUUUGGAGUGGCUGUGGCUUUCGCUCCAAACUUCCCUGUGUAUGUCCUACUGCGAUUUAUAGUGGGGACUACUAUCUCUGGAGUCAUCAUCAACGCCUUCGUACUGGGUACGGAGUGGACGUGUACCCAGCGUCGUAUGUUAGCUGGUGUCUUCACUGACUACUUCUUUGGCCUGGGCUACAUACUAAUAGCUGGACUAGCCUACCUCAUACGAGACUGGAGGAAACUACAGCUGGCUAUAUCUGUUCCUGGCUUUCUGUUCAUCUUCUAUAUAUGGGUGCUUCCUCAGUCAGCUAGGUGGUUGCUAGCCAAUGACAGGAGAGAGGAGGCCAUUGUUCUACUACGCAAAGCUGCUACAGUCAACGGACGUGUAUUUCCACCUACUGUACAGGUACCACACAGACACGUCUUGUGUUUUUCACAAAGGAGUCACUCAGCUGCAGAUCUCCUUAGAACACCCCAGAUGAGGAAAAGAGCUCUCAUCCUUUUCUAUGUCUGGUUUGUGAAUGUAUUGGUGUAUUAUGGCCUGUCGCUAGGUGUAGCUAAACUGGGCUCAGACCUCUACCUGACUCAGUUCAUCUUUGGAUUGGUGGAGAUCCCUGCCAGGUCAUUGGUCCUCCUGUUCCUCCCCUGGAGCAGACGCCUAUCCCAGAGUGGCUUUCUGGCCCUGGGGGGCGUGGCCUGUCUGCUCACUCUAACUGUACCUACAGACCAUCCCAACCUGUUAACAGGUCUAGCCAUGGUAGGAAAGUUUGGUAUCACUGCUUCCUUCGCUGUUAUCUAUGUCUACACUGCUGAGAUCUUCCCUACUGUACUACGGCAGACAGGGAUAGGUGUGUCCAGUAUGUUUGCUCGUGUAGGGGGUGUGUUAGCCCCCCUUAUCAACAUGCUCCAUACCAGAAGCCCCUCUCUGCCCAUGCUCAUCUUUGGCUCCGCCCCCCUGCUUGGCGCAGUUCUGGCCCUGGCACUGCCAGAGACUGCUAACAGACCGCUACCGGAUACCGUGGAAGACGCAGAGAACUGGGAUACUAGGUUUCCUCCAAAGAAGGACCAAGAAGAGGACAUUAGCCAAUCAGCAAGCAGCACAGAGGGGCAGGAACUACAGCGCCUAGCAACGGAGUCCUAACCACACACACACAUCCCAGCAACCCUCACACAAACACAGAGAGUAGAAUCUACAUGAUGCAACCUCUCAAUCAUUACAAGAUUCAGAACCACAUACCAU